CGCUCGUCAAACAUCUCGUGCUGGAAGGCAGACGACAGAUGUACUACGAACCACAAAGAAGGGGUUAAAGUUGUCUUUUUACUGUUAAUAAGUUUUGGAAGUGUUUUGGACAUAACUGCAAAAGAAUUUUGUUCCGUAUUCAUCGUUAUGGAGUAAGAGACCUGCGUGGUACCAUCUUCAUAGGCUUGUAAGGAAUAUCACAAAGACAGUGCCACGCGCCUUACCGAAACCUUACGCGUGCCAGAACGGAUGCUGCAGAUGAAAGGCAGCUGAGGAUUUAUGUUUAUGACGUUUCAGAAGUUGAUCAAAAUGGCAUGGACAGCGAUUGUAUUGUUGAUGUUCUUAAUAUUGGCCGAUGUUAAAGCCCAAGAUUUUACUAAAACAGAAUGUUUGUCUGGAAAAGAAGAAACGGAUAUUGAGAUCGAAUGUCCGGUUAAUAUGAAAAUCGCAGUUGAGCAAGCCAUAUAUGGAAGAAAUAAAUGGGAGUCGUGCAAACAUACUAUUGGUGAUUGUACAGAAAAUAUCGACAUUUUUCAAUCUUGUCAAGGCCAAGAAAAAUGUAGUAUCCAGUUAAAUAAAACGUAUUCACCAAAGUGUGGAUAUGCAACAUUCUUACGAGUCUUGUUCGACUGUGUAUCAGGCACUGUCACCUCAUCACGAGAAUAUAUUCCAUCGCCGCCUACAGAAACAAGACUGUCGUCACCGCCUGUUGCCAUUAGAGACGACAGCCCGAGUAGAACUCCUGAUCAAGUUUCUAAUACCGAAGAAGCUGGUUUAAUAGCUGGUUGUGUGAUAGCUGUUAUUAUUACAACUAUAAUGUUACUUUUUGCUAUCUACCUGGUUGUUAAACGACUCGUCAAAUCUCCCCCUGGUGAUUUUGAGAAAGGACCAGAUGGAACACCAAGACCUAAACCAGAUAUUGUAAUAUUCGACUUCUGUUUCUGUGGUAGUAAUUCACAUCCAGACAAACCAAGACCUGUUGCUGAUCAGAAUCAAAAUAUUCAAAAUUCCGCACCUUUGCGUAUUUCCGACCGUCCUGUGCCGAUUGGAGAAGUAACAGUGGCUAAUAUCGAUGAAUUCAGACACGAGAACGAAGAGACAAUAACGGCAUCCGUUUCUAAUGAUACGGCCUACACAGUCCUUGAUGCAGCGUCACCAAGCGUCAUUGCUGAAGUCCAACCUCAUCGGACUCCGCGAAGGCACCAACAGAUUCCAACAGACAGUGCCAACACGGCAAUUGGAUUACCCAACACAAACUCAGUCACUGCGUGCUGAUAAUCUCGCUAACAGCAACAUUCGUACUAAAGAACAAUAAAACACAAACGUUUUUAUAAUAACAACUCAGUUCGCAUCAUCCAUUUAUAUCAGCGUACGACUUCAUGGCCGGCCAUAAUGAUAUUAACAGACCGCCAUAACACUCAUCUGAAUAAGUACUUUUCCAUAUUCGUCGUAUAAACUUUAAAUCAAUUCAUAUGAAUACGUGGGUUUGUAUUUAGCGUUACGUGAUACGUUUGUGUUCGGAUGAUGACAUUUGCAUUUGCUCAUACAUAUUACAUAAAUGUAGUCAUACAUUAAUCAUGUUUCAUCGACGAGAUUGAUAUAUCAAGUUAUCAUUUGUAUUUUUUUAAAAAAAAAAACUAUGUAGGUAUGUUAUUUAAAAUAAUAUCCUCUGAACGUGUGCUUGGUGUGAAGUGAAACCAGUGUAUAUAAUUGUGUAAAUGUCUACGUCAUGUCUCCAAGAGAUGCAUAAUAAUUAUUAUUAUUAUUAUUUACUAUUUAUUCUCUGGUAUUGCUCAUAAAUAUCAGCCCCAACCUUUACUCUGAUUAUAGAUUGAGGUUUUAUGUUAUAAUGAACCAUUUCUUUGUCUUCCCUUUAUUUUCUUUCUUUGACUCUGUAUCUUUUACAGGUUAUUCUUUAGAAACAUCUGUUCUCGGCAAAGAUCAAUUUUGAUAUGUUAAAAUAAAUAUAUUAAUAUUAAAAUAUGUAUUAAAAUGUCUUGUUAUAGAUACAUUAUGUAAGAUUUAGAUAAAGAGCUAAGAUAUAAUAGUUGAAAAAUAUAUAAUGAAAAGGGAAUAUAAUGAAAAUUUAAGUCAAAUUACCCUAUUGAGAGCGAAGUUAUGACUCUUUGAAGUUUUGAUAAUAGCGCAGUCUGGAUUUUUAUAUGCCCACAUUUCCACGUGGACGUAUUUUGUGGUCGCCUUUGUCCGUUCGUCCGCCCACAAUUUGUUUGUGGACAUUAUCCGAUUUGGGCAAAACUUAAAAUAGAAGUCAGUCUUCCAAAGAUCUCGGUUCCUUUCGAAAUUGGCAUGUAUCGGACCGUCACUUCAUGGAUUAUGGCCCCUGAUUGUACGAAACUUCGCGUUUUUAGCUUGUUGACACUCUAGAUGUCAAAAUUUUCAACCAUUUUUGAUGAAACUUAGAAUGUAUGUUUAUAACCCAUCUUGGUUCCCUUCGAUAUUAGUGCAUAUCGGGUCGUAAUUUCCUGGAUUAUGGCCCCUGAUUGUACGAAAAAUCGCGUUUUUAUCGUGUGGUCCCUCUAGAGGUUCGAAUUUCGUAAAAAUCGGACCGAAACUGUCAGAUAAAAUGGCUGCUCCUCGUACGCAAAUAGUGUAAAAGUAUGGUAUAUCAAGGUUGUGGAACCUCUAGAUGUCACAAUUUUGAUGAAACUUUAAAUUUAUCUUUUUAUCACAAAGAUCUCGGUUCCUUUCGAUAAUCGCACAUAUCGGAACGUAACUUCCAGGAUUAUGGCCCCUGUUUGUUCGAAAAAUCACAUUUUUAGCUUGUGGACCCUAUAUUCAAUUUUAAAACCCGUCAAUAUAUCACCGUUACACCCUAAUGAUGGUUGAGUUCGAAUUUCUUAAAAGUUUGAUCAAACCUGCCCGACAAAAUUGCUGCCCCCUGUACGCGAAUAGUGUAAAAGUAUGUAAUACCAAGGUUGUGGACCCUCUAGAAGUCAAAAUUUUAAUCCGAUCUUGAUGAAAUUUAAAAUAUGUUUAAAUCCAAAAGAUCCGGAUUCAUUUCGAUAUUCGUGCAUAUCGGACUAUAACUUCGUGGAUUAUGGCCCCUGAUUGUACAAAAAAUCGCAAUUGUUUUUUUUAGCUUUUUCUCUGCCCAUCUCUUUCAAAAUGUGGGCGUAUCUUUCAUGGCAACCGCUGGUUAUUGCUACCGUUGUUACAAUAAUAAGCAAAGUCCCAAUUAUCGAUUUGUAUACGCCUACAUGUCCGGACGAUAUAGCUGCUGUGGGCGUAUGCUUCGUUGUCUGGCAACCUAUCUUUUAAUUAAAUUAUCAAAUAGCGAUCGUGUAUCAAUCUAUUAAAAUUCACAGCCAUUUAAUUUGAGGGCAAAAGAAAGACCAUAUUCCUGAAGCAAUGGCCCAAGAAAUACCUCUCUGAAAACUUGGGUUUUUGACUGAGCGUGCCUAUUCUCAUCGACCAAUCAAAUCUCUCCCGAGUACAGUAGAAUUAAGGGAAUUUGCAUAAUGGGGGUGACCUCUUUAAAAAAAAAAAAACGUUAGUAUACUAAGCAGCAAAAGAAACGUCGGGUUGGAAUGUUACUCUGAAUAGAUUCAUUGCAUAAAACUUGCCAAAUGUU